UUUACAUCAUUAUAAAAAGCCGACGGAUUUUAAUGGAAACGACAUAAACAUGGAGAUCAGACACGUACACUUAGUUUUUGUAGGAUACAUUAUUUGGUUUCACACAUUGCUUACUGCUGCAGCUUCCACAAAUGGGGAUACAUUGAAAAUAGUUCUCUCAGAAUUAGAAGAUUUAAAGAUGAAGGUCAAUACAUGCGAGGAGAGACUGGUGAUAAACGACAACAAGUUAAUGGCGGUCACCAAUGAACAGAGAUUACUAGUAGCUAACAUGGAAGAAAGACUUCUCGCUGCAGAGGAAAAUCUUAAAACAACCGCAGAAUUAUAUGAGAAAAAGUUAGCCAAGUCAGACAGUAAACUCCGUGCCGUUGAAAGAAAACUUACAGUAUUUGAGGAGAUGUACGGUCGCUUAUCUAACAAAGGAGAGCCAAUCGAAGACGUUGAAGAAACUGAUAUGGACGUAAAUACCACCGAUUUUGACGGGGAAAAUAGAAAACACAGUGCUGAUGAAGAGAAGUUAGCAUCCCUAAAUGGGUUCCAUGUUUCUGAAACAGUUUAUGACAGAACUUUAGAAGAAUCUCUGUUGACAGAUACUGACAAUAACCAAGGAAAUAUAAGGGACACUAACAACAUCGACAAUACACGACGCUCAUCUAUUCAAAAAUCAGAAAGGGCUUCGGAUCCCAUAUAUCAUAAGCGACUUGUGAAUCCAGCUGUCAACCAUCGUGUUGCCUUCACAGCGCACUUAUCAGUCGACGCUACCGAACUUGGGAAAGAGCACACAAUUCCCUUUAAUCAAGUUCUGUUAAACGAAGGCCAGGCAUAUGACGCUAUCACAGACACGUUCAUAUGUCCAGUAAACGGGAUAUAUAUCUUUCAAUCAGCAUUAAUGAGUGAUGGGGAGAAAGUUAUCCAAACCGAAAUCGUAAAAAAUGGUGUGCCUAUUGGUAGAAUGUAUGCAAAUGGUAGGAGUAUUGGAUAUGAUCAGGGGUUUAAUUCUGCAACUAUACAAUGCAAUAAAGGUGAUCACGUGUGGGUCAGAGUACACAAUCAUUUUGGCACUACCGUUUAUAAUGAUUUAUAUUCUUCGUUUUCUGGACACAUCUUGUGGGAAACAUAAAACUCUCUUUCAAUUGCUUUAAUGUCCUUAUCACUUUUUUUUUCAAUUAGUAAUUUGAAAUGUACAAUAAACAAAUACAUGUAUGUUUGGAAUUACACAUGUAUGUAAUAAACAUGCAAAGUCGCGAAUUGAUUUUAUUGACAAUGACACAAAACCAACACAACUGAAGCUAAAUAUCUCUUAUAUCAUAGUUUGGAUACCUUUUAAAGCUACAUGCCUCCAGAGCAGCUAAAAUAUUUCAAUAAACGCAAACUUGAGAAGAAAUUAACUAAGCUUGUAAAAAAAUGUUAAAAGUAGAAAAGUUUAAGAUUCAAGUAAUAAUUUACAUAUUAUAUGGCAUUAAUGACUGAAUUUUCAGGAUUUAUAACUAUAUUUCUACUGCGUUACUAACACAGUUAUUUUUCAUAUUUUGACCUCUUUUUGGUACUUUACGUGUGCCAUUGAUAAUGUGAAAAUUGCUUCCUUUUGGUUAUUUCACAAUAUUAUACAUUAAAAUACAUUUUCAAAAUUUCAUGAAAAUUAGCAUGAAUCUGGAGGAAUGCUGCUUUAAGUCGCAUCGCACAGUGUGUUAACUGGAGUAUUAUCAAAAUCGACAAUGGUGCCCAUUCAUGAAUAAUUUCAAGCUACGGUCCAUGCUAUGCCUACAAACACACCUCUAACAUUUA